AUGAAGAACAAGGCGAAAAAGAGCACGCACCAGAAGAACAAGGUGUCGAAGAUUCUUCGCGGGGCCGUGACUAAGCGCGAAAGUCUCAACAAAAAACGACGACUUUCAAGAGCUUCGAAAGACGCCGAGGAGGAGCGUGAAAGAGAGUCAAUCGACGAAGAGUCGGAAGAUGAUCAAGAUGUUCAGAAGGCGGCGCAGGAGUUUGAUGAAUCAGCCGAGUGGGAACUCGAGCAACUCGGCGGGUUGAGCCUGUCCUGGGGAAAGCGAAAAGUUCGCAACGAUGACGGAGUAAUGAAAGCCCAGUACUACUUGAAGCCAGACGAGGAGCACCGAAUCUGGGUCAAAUGGACUGUGGCCUACAACGAUGGGCUCCGCUGGUCGGCUGAGAAACAGGAAAACUUGGUUAACGUGAAGAAGGAGAAUAUCAAGAAGGCACUUCAGGACAAGAUGAUCUCCCCAUAUCCAAACGUCCACGAGGGUCCAGAUUCGGGGUGGCGAGAGCGAAAGGCGAUCUGCCAGAAGCUCGGCUACGUUCCCUGGAAACCAAACAACCGAAAGAAGAGUGCCAAGUACAAAUUCUUCAACGCCGAGAUGCCUGUAACUCAAUCCGAGGUCGACGACACAGACGAGGAGACUGACGACGAUACCACCGACUAA